AUGCGAUUUUUGGCAGCGCUUUUGGCUUUGUAUCUUAUCAGACCGAGUCUGUGUGCCAUCUACAAUAGCUUCGCAGAACUACCGCAGAACUUAACGUUCGACUUUGUCAUUGUCGGUGGUGGGACUGCAGGGAACGUUGUCGCGAAUCGACUUACAGAAAACUCAUCGUUUUCUGUUCUUGUCUUGGAGGCUGGACCGUCGCCCGAAGGUUUGAUUAAUCACACAGUGCCGUUCUUCAAUAUCUUCCUCCGAAGUGAAAACCCUUGGGACUGGAAUUAUACGGCCGUCAGUCAGGUGGGGUUUAAUGGGCGCGCACUACAUUAUCCUAGGGGAAGAAUUCUAGGUGGCUGCUCCUCUAUGAACGGAAUGGAAUACCUUCGCGGUUCAUCUGAAGAUUAUGAUCGAUAUGCAGAUGUGACCCAAGACCCGGGCUGGUCAUGGAACGGAAUUCAGCCAUAUAUUCGUAAAAAUGAACAUUGGACACCGCCGACUGACCAUCACAAUAUAACGGGCCAAUUCAACCCUGCCGUUCAUGGCUUUCAUGGUAUAAAUUCUGUUAGCUUAGCAGGCUUCCCUUCUGCGAUCCAGAACCAGGUCAUACUGACGACUCAGGAGCUGGCCGAAGAAUUUCCUUUCAACCUCGACUCCAAUUCCGGAUAUCAACUCGGUGUCGGCUGGGAGCAAUCAACCAUAAAGCAUGGUAAACGAAGCAGCUCUUACACCUCAUACUUAGGGCCAGAGUUUAUCGGACGUCCAAACCUGCAUGUUCUGCUGAACGCGCAGGUAACUCGGUUAUCACAAACCGCCUCCGAUCCGCCAGAGUUUCUCACCGUCGAAUUUGCAGAAAGCCGGGAUGCGCCGCGGCUGCAAGUGACAGCGUCCAAAGAAGUUAUCGUUUCUGCCGGUUCUUUGGAAACUCCAAAGCUAUUGCUCAAUUCCGGUAUUGGCAAUGCAAGCGACCUCGCGGCUUUGGGUUUGGAGACUCUGGUUGAUCUACCAGACGUUGGGAAGAAUCUUUCCGUUAUGAUAAUGCUCAAUCUUGCAUAUUUUGUGAACUCGACAGACACGUUUGACGAUGUCAUUCGCAACGUGACGAGAAGGGAUGAGCUCCUCCUUCAGUGGACCGAGACAGGUGGUGCUGGACUGUUAGGGAAUGGUUUUGGCAGCCAUCACAUCUACACGAGGAUUCUGAGCAAUUCAACAAUAUUCGAAAACUCUCCAGAUCCAGCCGCUGGGCCCAAUACGGCUCAUAUCCAAUCUGGCACAUCGAACGGUAACAUUUCACCUCCGCCGGAAGGUCAUUUUAUGUCCAUGAGCGUCACUCUGAACACACCCACUUCGAGGGGAAGUAUACUGCUCAAUACCACAGAUGGAUUUGACCAGCCUCUGAUCGAUUUUGGGGCCCUCAGCACUGAUUUCGACAUAUUCGCCCUCAAAGAAGGUAUCAGAAGCGCCCAGCGCUUUCUCGGUACACGCGCGUGGGACGGAUACAUUCUUGACUCGCUGAACAACAUCACGACGAGCUCCACAGACGCUGAGCUGGAAGCCUUCAUCCAUGCUAACUCUGCUCCAGAUGGCCAUAUCGUUGCGACGGCCAGUAUGUCGCCAAAAGCAGCCACGCACGGAGUUGUUGAUCCAGAUUUGAGAGUGAAAGGGACCGGAAAACUUCGCGUUGUCGAUGGAUCUAUCUUGCCAUUUGUCCCGUCAGCAAAUACACAAUUCGCGGUUUACAUCGUGGCUGAGAGAGCGGCUGAUUUAAUCAAAGCGGCAUGGUAA